GGGAAAACUCGGCAUUAUACACACAAAAAAGACUGAUAAACAGGAAGAAAAUGACUGAUGCAAAAUUACAAAGUGAAGCUCAAACUUUAAUAAUUUGUCAAUUAUGCGAAAGUAACAGUACCGUUAGAUGGAAAUGCAUUGCAUGCGAUUUAUUAAUGUGUGACACCUGUACAGAUAAAAUACAUCCGAAAUUUAAAUUGGCGGAGACGCACAGCAUCAUACCAUUGAAGGAUAUUGGUACAAUGAUUUUUCCUGUAAUGAAACUCAAACGAAUUCCAUGUAGAAUUCACGACAACCAGACCUACUGCAUAUUUUGUCAAAGUUGUGACCAACUAGUAUGUCCAGUAUGUUUGUCUCAGUCACACCAAAAACAUCAAUUCUUACAACUAGAAGAAAUCCUCAAGAAAAAAAUCGAAAAGAUAAAAACAUUUGACGCACAGAUCGAAUAUUUCAUAUUACCGUUUUACCAGAAAGAAUCGGAGAAAAUAGAAAAAUACUUUAUGGAAGUUACAGAACAUUUCAAGGAUAUAAAAUUUAAAAUUGCCACACAAGAAGAAAAACUUAUCACAGAAAUAAAAAUCCAGAAGUUAGGAAUGACUGAAGAACUGGAAGGAAGGAUGGCAUUAAUUGAUAAUUUCAUCACCGAGAAAAGAAAUAACAUUGCAAAAAUCAUCGAAAACUCGUCAGUAAAACGGGAAUGUUUAAGUGAUAUAUUAAAGAAAGCUCGAGAUGUAGAGCUAUUGCAUGAAACGAUGAAAGAAACUGAAAAAUGGCUCUCAACUGUCAAUGAUGAUACCCAAAUAAGGAUGGAGGAUUUUCCCAGACUUCCUUCUUUUGAAUUCGCUACCAUCAAAAACGAAACAAUCGCAAAGCUAUUUGGGUUUCUGCAGUGUGGUGUACAAAUAUCUACAAAGAUAAAAAAAACUUUGUCAAUAGGCAUCUCUCGUAUUUCUAAACUAACUGUUAACAGUAGACGCGAAGAUAUCUGGCUCAGCAGCGGUUACUCAUUCGAGACACGUAAAUACGCCAUACAUACCGAUUUAAAGCUUUUACAAAAAGUAGAGGAUAAAAGGGAAUAUAACAUUUACGACAUGGCGCCGACUGUCAAUGGGGAUCUUCUUUUCACGAUUAUAGAACUUGACUGCUACACGUAUAUAGCAACAAAGGAUGGAAUUGAACAGUUUCGUUCCUUUUCGCCAUUAUUUCCAAGAGCUGUACAUAUUAGUACGAAAGGUGUUAUCUAUGUAAGUUUGCGAGAUAAUGGGCCUAUCUUCAAAACGAACGACAAAGGUGCUCGUAAAAUAGUCAUUGUCAACUUUAAUGACAAAAUUGAAAUUAAAAGAUUUGGAGAUAAAAAAAUGUUGACAGAUGUAACAAGAAUAAAAAGUGACAAAAACGGUUGCGUUUACUUUAUCGACCUUUCCUCGAAAAAAUCAGACGGAAGAAUUAUUGCAAUGUCCCCCGAUGGUCUUACUAAGUGGAUUUAUGAAGGAAAGAUUGACACGGAUAACAGCUUUACUCCAACAGAUUUAGUAGUCACCAAAGAGGGCAAGUUGAUAGUGUCAGACAUGCACAACUUCAUGCUUCAUAUAAUUGACAGUAAGGGGGAGUUUAUUCAAAAGCUCUCUUUAAAAACAAUUGGUAUUUUAAACUCUCUCUGUAUUGAUAUUGAUAAUAAUGAUGACUUGUACAUUGGAUGUGCGAGUGACAAGAAAAGCCCAGAAACAUCAAAGCUGUAUGUUAUAAGUGUUACUAUGUCUUAACAAUCAAGAGGUUGCUUUAAACGAAUAUCAACAUUUUUGCUACUUCUUUUUUAUUUUGUGUUUGCCAUUUGAAGGAGGAAGGUUUUAUUUCAAAAUGUUUUCCCCCAGAGAGGGACUAUCGUUUAAGACCAAGGAUUCUUAUAGUACGUUUUACAAUUAGACUGCUUAAAAAGAAAACGUCAAGAAAUAUUAUUAAGAGUGUAAACAACUAGCUAGGUCAUCCUGGGUUCCUGUCCAUAGCAUGGAAUCAAUUGAUACUUACGAAAUGGUUUUUCUUAAAUGCUUUUCAUUCUAUUUGAUUGUUUUUGUGGUAUUACAGCCCUUGGAACUUUGAAAAUUUUUUAAAAGUUGUACUCAUCCCAAUUUAUUUGUAAUGUCUGCAGAUCUAGAGCAGAUCUAAUAUACAUCAAUUAAUAAUGCACAAAAGAAAUUAACUAAAAAAUGAUACCAGUUUUAUUUCUGGAAUAACUUUCAUCUAGACCAAAAGUUUUAAGACAAGCACAUGAAAGGGGUUAAGGAUCAUCAAAGAUGAUACAGGCCUAAUCAGAACAGUCAAAACCAUCCAAGAUAAACUUUGCCUUAUAGUAUUGCAACCUUAGUGUUUGCACAAUUAUCUAGUUUAGAAAACUGAAAAAUUAUUUAGAAAGAACAGGGUUAACAUGAUAAAAUGUCACUUCUACUUUGCUUUACUGAUUAUGAUUGAAUGUUAUGUUAAAGGUUUAAUAAAGAUCAAGGUCUUAGUACAGGUAUCGCAUAAACUUGACAUUACAAAUGACCCAGGAAA